AUGUCCGAACCAUCGUCAACUCCCGAGAGCGCAACGCCCUCUGGUGCAGACACUCCAACCACAAAGCAAGCAGAGAAGAAAAAGGCAAAACGUUUAGAGAAGGAGGCCAAGCUUGCAGCUAAGGUUGUCAAGCUUUCUGUACAAACGCCAGCUGGAGAGAAAAAGGUGAAGGUGGAGAAGGAAAAGAAGGAGGAGGAGCCCCCGUUUAUCAAUACAACACCGAAGGGCGAGAAAAAAGACCUUUCCCAGCCAAUGUCCAGCGGUUACAACCCGAUUGCUAUUGAGUCGGCGUGGUAUGACUGGUGGGAAACUCAAGGUUUCUUUGCACCACAGUUGACGCCUGAAGGCAACAUCAAGCCUGAAGGACUAUUCGUCGUCCCCUUCCCGCCACCGAACGUCACUGGUAGCUUACACAUUGGACAUGCACUGACGGUUGCGAUUCAGGAUGGACUCGUUCGAUGGAACCGCAUGUUGGGGAAGACAACACUAUGGGUACCAGGCUAUGAUCAUGCGGGUAUCUCAACGCAAUCUGUCGUAGAGAGAAGACUGUUCAAGACAUCAGGGAGGACACGACACGACCUUGGGCGCGAAAAGUUCAUUGACACUGUGUGGGAUUGGAAAAACGACUACCAGGAGCGCAUCACGAACCAAAUGCGCCGUCUGGGGGGUAGCUUUGAUUGGGAACGCGUGGCCUUCACGAUGAACGAGAACUUAUCGAAAGCCGUAGUUGAAAACUUCUGCCGGCUGCACGAAGAUGGCAUCCUUUACCGUGCCAAUCGUCUUGUCAACUGGUGUGUCAGACUGAACACCACCCUCUCAAACCUCGAGGUAGAACAGAAGCAGCUCACAGGGCGAACACUGUUGAAUGUUCCUGGGUAUGAUGCUAAGGAGAAGUUCGAGUUCGGUGUAAUUACAUCGUUCGGAUAUCCGAUUGAGGGUUCAGCAGACGAGAAGAUCAUUGUAGCUACAACACGUCCGGAGACAAUGUUGGGAGAUACGGCGAUUGCGGUUCAUCCCGAUGAUCCGCGGUACAAGCACCUCCACGGCAAGUUCGCCGUCCAUCCGUUCCUUGGUAGGAAGAUCCCGAUCAUCACGGAUGCAAUCGUCGUGGAUAUGGAGUUCGGUACAGGUGCUGUGAAGAUCACUCCUGCGCAUGAUCCAAAUGACUACGAAGUUGGCGUCCGGCAUACCUUGGAGUUCAUUAGCAUCUUGAAUGACGACGGUACGUUCAACGCCAAUGCCGGGGAGAAGUUUCAGGGCAUGAAGCGCUUCCACGCGCGUGUGGCUGUCGUCAGAGCAUUGCAGGAUGCGGGCCUGUACGUUGAGGCAAAGGACAACCCCAUGCAAAUUCCAAUUUGCAGCAAAUCGGGUGACAUCAUCGAACCUAUGCUCAAACCACAGUGGUGGGUGGACUGCAAGCCACUCGCUGACGAGGCGCUCAAGCGUACUCGCGCGGGGGAACUCUUCAUCUCGCCAAAACAAUCCGAGUCCGAAUGGUACCGUUGGUUGGAGGGUAUCCAGGAUUGGUGUAUCUCCCGUCAGUUGUGGUGGGGUCACCGGUGUCCCGCAUACUUUGUUCGUAUCGAGGGCUUGGACCAGGAUCGCAUUGAUGGAAAGCAUUGGGUCGUUGGCAGGACGCUAGAACAAGCGACUGAGCGUGCGACGAAGCUGGCGGGUGGCAAGAAAUUCACCCUUGAACAGGACGAGGAUGUUCUGGACACCUGGUUUUCCUCCGCUCUUUGGCCAUUCUCUACCUUGGGCUGGCCAGAAAAUACGUCCGACUUCCAAAAGUUUUACCCUACAUCGCUCCUGGAGACUGGAUGGGAUAUCUUGUUCUUCUGGGUUGCGCGAAUGGUGAUGCUAGGUAUCCAUCUGACCGGGAAGGUGCCUUUCCAGGAGGUGUUGUGCCAUGCUAUGAUCCGUGAUGCUCACGGACGCAAGAUGAGCAAAUCGCUUGGGAACGUCGUCGACCCGAUCGAUGUAAUUCAAGGUCUCGAGCUCGAGAAACUGCAUGAGAAGCUGUACGAGGGUAACCUGGAUGAGCGCGAGAUCCUCAAGGCAAAAGUGGGCCAGAAGAAAGAUUUCCCGAAGGGUAUUCCUCAGUGCGGCACAGACGCCUUGCGAUUUGCGUUGUGCGCAUACUCCGCCGGAGGACGUGACAUUAACCUUGAGAUUCUUCGUGUGGAGGGCUACCGCAAGUUCUGCAACAAAAUCUUCAACGCUACAAAGUUCGCGAUGUUGAAGCUUGACGAGCAGUUCGUACCAGAGCCUACAGCACGGCCCACCGGGAACGAGAGUCUCGUUGAACGAUGGAUCUUCCAUAAGUUGAACAUUGCCGUCGAAGAAGUGAACCGUCAGCUCGCUGAGCGGAAUUUCAUGAUGGCCACACAAGCGGUGUACAAUUUCUGGCUGUACGAGUUGUGUGAUAUCUACAUCGAAGCGAUGAAGCCAAUGACAGACGAAUCUGCCUCAACGUCCACGAACAAGUCGGCGCAGCAGACGCUCUACACCUGUCUGGACUACGGGUUGCGUUUGCUGCAUCCGUUCAUGCCAUUUGUCACGGAGGAGCUGUGGCAGCGUCUACCCCGCCGACCAAACGACACCACACCGUCGAUCAUGGUUUCGUCCUUCCCUGUCUUCGACAAAAAUUUUGUGUUCGAGAAAGAGGAGCGUGACUUCGACCUCGUCCUCUCCGGACUCAAGACAGGGCGCGCUCUCAUCCACUCGUACAACCUGCAGACACAGAUCCAGAUGUACAUCCGUGUGCAGUCGGACGAGGAGGCAGCACUCUUCACGAGCAUGGUCCCCCUGAUCACCACGCUCACGAAGAACUGCAAGAGCGCAGCAGUCGUGCGGGAGGUGUCGCAGGUGCCUGCCGGAUGUGGCUCGGAGGUGCUCUCGCCCACCGUCUCAUUCUACGUACUCGUGCGGGGGCAGGUGGACUUGGACGUCGAGAUUACCAAGUGCGAGAAGAAGCUGCACCUCGCGCGGCUGAAUCUCGACAAGAUCCACAAGACCGCAGCGCAGGUCGACUACGAGAAUGUCGUGCCGGAAGAUGCUCGACUGGCGAAUGAGGAGAAGCGCAAGACGUUCGAGGCAGAGAUAGCGAACCUCGAGCACUCGAUGCAGAUGUUCGCGAACCUGAAGUAA